AUGUGUGCCACGACGUCCGGAGACCAGCCGUUCAGGUUUUCUUGGCUGAAGGAUGGAAGGCCGUUGCAGCAAAGUACGAAGAUCAACAUAGCGACCAGCCCGCAGUUCUCGGCGCUGACCAUAGAGAAGCUGGACCUUAGAGACGCGGGAAAUUAUACCUGUUCUGUCAGCAAUACCCAUGGAACUGUAUCCUACACGGACACGUUGGAAGUAAGAGCAGCUCCCAAGAUCCUUCCUUUUGCGUUUCCGCGCGCACUGACCGUCGGAGAAACGACCAGUGUGACGUGCACGACUACCGCCGGUGAUGAGCCUUUCAAAUACAUUUGGCUCAAAGAUGGCUUGGUGGUGCAGCCCGGAGAUAACGUCAAGGUUGUGACGUCCCCCGAGUUUUCGGUAUUUAAGAUCGACAAGCUGACGCUCGAGAACGCCGGCAACUACACCUGCGUGGUCAGCAACGCCGGAGGAACUGUGUCCCACGCCAGCACCUUGGAGAUUAGAGUGCCUCCGUCCAUACCGCCUUUUCAAUUCCCGAAGAACCUCGAAGUGCAGCAGCGCAUAAGCGUCAUUUGCACUAUAUCAGUUGGAGAAAAGCCGCUGCAAUUCGCCUGGCUCAAGGACGGCUCUGCACUGGCCAGUGGCUCGGGACACGUUCGCAUUGCAGACAACGCCGAGUCUUCUACAUUGCACAUCGAUGUGCUGACACUGGAAAGUGCCGGGAAUUACACCUGCUCGGUCACCAACAAGGCCGGCUACACUUCCUACACGGCUCUACUCGUAGUUCACGGUAAUAAUAAGCCCUCUGUUAUAACCGAAUUCUGGCUGUCGUUUUUACUGCUCUCAUUUAAGAAGCUGUCCGUUUGGAGAAAUCGCGACCUCCAUAAGCUGAUGGAUAACAAAUUAUUCGAGUUGUUUGUGCUUCGGUAUUUCUGCUCAGGUGGUGAACUCACAGGUGCCCAACACGAUGGCCAUGAGAAGCCGAAGCUACAGCCUCUGGUGUUCCCACGCAGCCGGAUUCGUGUCGGCGAAAGUGCCAGUGCGUUGUGUGCUUUGGUGGCCGGUGACCACGACGUGAAAUUCAGGUGGUUUAAGGAAAACGUCGAGAUAGGUGGUGCCGUGCCUAACGUGAAAGUGAAGAACGACAAGAAGGUGUCCGUGCUUACCGUCGAGCCCGCCAACCUCCAAAGCGCCGGUAACUACACCUGCACGGCGGAGAACAAUUAUGGAACCGAUGCCAACUCUGCGACGUUGGUCGUCGAAGCUCCACCCGUGUGGAUAAAUGAACCCCGAGACGUGUCUGCCAAGCUUGUUCUCGAUGCUGUACAAGAUGCUCGCAUUUUUACAGAGCCGCCAAAGGUGAAUCCUUUCUCGUUCACCAAGACGCUUUCCGAAGGACAGAGCACAGCGGUCACAUGUACCGUCACGGAGGGCUCCAAGCCUGUGCAGCUUCAGUGGCUCAAAGACGGACACGAAGUCGUCAGCAGCGGUGCCGUGAAACUGAUCAAGCACGAAACGAUAGUGGUGCUCUCCAUCGAGCCAGUCCAAGUGGCGGAUUCAGGAAAUUACACCUGUGUGGCUCGGAACAAAUACGGAUACGACCGCUACACGUCAGCGCUGCAAGUCAAUGCGCCACCUAAAUGGGAUGUGGAACCACGGGAUGUAGUGCUCAAACGGGGAGAGAGGUUGGAGCUUCACUGCAAAGCUGUGGGCCACCCAGCACCUGAAAUAAGGUGGCUGAAAGAAGGUACAGAGUUGAAGAGGCCUUCAGAAAACAGAGCCCAAGUCCUGCAGAACGGAACACUGGUCAUCAGCAACGCAACGAGCGAAGACAGCGGCAAAUUCUCUUGCCUGGCAUCCAACGGAAUCGGUGCUGCCUUGACGAAAACGGUGACCUUGCUCGUCAAGAACGGCCCCAAGAUCCAGCCGUUCCAACUACCUGCCCGUGUGAAGGCCGGCAAUAAAGUGAGCGCAACGUGCAACCUUGCGUUAGGAACUCCACCUGUAACUUUCUCGUGGCACAAAGACGGCAGUGACGUCACGAACCUCUCUAAGGAUAUCAGCUACGGAAGCAACAUCAUGUCUGUCCUCGCUAUUCCCUCGGCAUCGCUGGAUUCGCAGGGAAAUUACACCUGCAGGGCAGCGAAUGCCUACGGCAGUGACGCGCACACAGUGCAGCUGAAGGUGGAAAGACAAACCUCGCUCCAAACGUGGAAGCAGCCAGUCGUUUCCCUCUUUCCACUUACCGAAGCUCACCGGGGCAAAUACACCACUCACACCAGAGAAGCUGCCGCGAUGCGGCCACCACGUUCAAUGGUUUCAUCCUGCGCGAUGCGGAUGGUGCUCUACCUGCCGUUGAUGAUUUCGGCGCAAAGCGGAGCUGCAUCGCCUCAGGAUGCGCCAGUGAUUCAGCCGUUAGUGCUCCCCUCCGACGUUGUGACGGGAGUGAACACCAGGCUCUUGUGCAACGUGCAAAAAGGAACACGGCCGUUGACGUUCGCCUGGAUCAAAGACGGCGCCUCGGUACGCGACGGUGUGUCGUCGCAGGACGAUUUCUCGCUGCUCAGCAUAGACCCCGUGACGGCAGAAAGCGCUGGAAAUUACACAUGCGUCGUGAGCAACGCAGCGGGGACAGACCGAUACACAUCAACGCUGGAAGUGAAGCAGCCAUCUCAAUGGAUUGAGGAACCCCGCGACAUUUCCUCUGCCGAAGGCUCCGAAGUGCAACUCAGGUGCUCGGCGGCGGGACGCCCUCAGCCCAGUGUUACAUGGAGUCGGUGUAUCUCCGGAGAGAAGCGCAGCCUGGUCUGCGGCGACUCCGCGACACCGGUGCCCGUCAAGACCAGCAACGGCAGCGUCUCGUUCGAGCACGUAUCCAAAAAGGACGAGGGGAGGUACGCCUGUUUCGUGGACAACGGCGUCGGAAAGCCGCUUAGGAAAGUGAUCCGCGUGGCCGUCAACGUGCCGGCCAAGUUCACCGAGAAGCACAGCGUGGUGACCGCUCGGCGAGGCGAGAACGCGCGGCUGGUGUGCGACGCCCAGGGAGACCAGCCGUUGACCGUCACCUGGUCCAAGGGCGUCCAGAAAAUCGACAGAGGGGGAAACUCACGGCUGGAGAUAUUCGAGACCAUGACGGACAGCGGUCUGCGCUCGGAGCUCUUCAUUUCCAGCACGGAGCGCAGUGACGGCGCCGUCUACACCUGCCGCGCCGAGAACGAGUUCGGCCACGACGAGCGCACCAGCAAAUUAUUGGUCGUCGAGGUUCCCGGUCAGCCACAAGAUGUCAAAGUCUCCGAAACGUGGAGCCGAUCAGCGAGCGUCAGCUGGUCUCCGCCAUACAGCGGCAACAGUCCGGUCGCCAAAUACGUCAUACAAUACUGGAAGGACUCCGGUACAGCGCACAGGCUCCAAGAAGUGGCAGUGCCCGGAUCGCAGACGUCAGCCCUGGUCGGCGACCUGCACCCCGGUUCUACCUAUCACCUGAGCAUCCUUGCCGAAAACUCGGUCGGCGUCGGUCUCGCCUCAACGCCUGUCAAGCUGCACACUGGCGAAGAAGAGCCAAGCGCAGCGCCAACUGACUUCCAUGUCGAGGCCAGGGGGCCGAGCACCGCGCGUGUUUCCUGGAAGCCUCCUCCGCCGGACGAAUGGAACGGCGAUCUGCUCGGCUACUACAUCGGCUACAAGCCGACAUCGUCGGGCCAGCCUUACUCGUACCGCACCAGCGAGUUCCGACCGAACGCCAGCCACGAGUUCUUCCUCACCGGUCUCCAACGAGGGACUGAGUACGCGGUAAUCGUGAAGGCCUACAACGCUGCCGGCUCCGGGGUCGCCUCGCACGAGCUGCACGUCAAGACACUUGACGGAGAUGUGCCGCCGCCUCCGAAGGUGUUCGUCUCCGGCACGACGCAUUCGUCCAUCACUGUCACCUGGCACCAGCAGUUCGCCAGCGGAGUGAGAGGUUAUGUGCUGUACCAUCGGCCAGAAGAGAGCUCCCAAGACUGGAAAGAAGUGAACCUUGACUCACGAACGUCCUCGUACACCGUGUCCGGCCUCGAGUCCGGCGUCCUAUACCAGCUGUACGUCAGCGCCACCAACGAGUACGGCACGGGCGAUCCCAGCGAGAUCAUCACCGUAAGGACGCACAAGGCCGGCGGCGUGAUGCAGUCCCCGAUCUUCGGAGACGCCAGCACCCCGCUCUACCUGAACCUGUUCAUCAUGAUCCCCGUGCUGGCGAGCCUGGUGACCAUCGUGCUCGUGGUCAUCGUGACGUGCGUGUGUCUCCAGCGAAUCAAACGCCGACCUCCGCAACCGCCACUCCAGCCUCCACCAGGCACCAUGGAGAGGCGGAGCAAGCAGUUCGCCGGCGGCUUCGACGGACAGCCGCAGAUGACAUCGACGAGCGCGCGGCACGCCGAGAAGGCACAACAGGCGGCCGGCGAGUACACGGGCCUCUCGCAGCGCUACGUGGAGGUGCAGCCACCGCCGCUGCCCGCUGACCACCCAGUGCGCGCUGUACCCGGCGCCCUGCGCCACGCUGCCCAUGACCGAAGAGCUCGAGGCAAAGAUGGCCAGGCACAACGUCAACCAGGAGAUGAAGACGUUCCUCGCACAGAACCGGGAGCUACCAACGCUUCCCAUGGGCGCCAAGUCCUGCAUGUCCAUCAAGAAGGACCACAUGUACGAGAGCGCCCAGUGAUGCCACGCCGCGUGAACUACGCAACGGAUUCCACCGUAGAGGUGGAAACGGCAUCCGGCGCCCUCGGAUCAUCGUCGCACUCGCUUCUCUCACGUUUCACCACAUCCGCAACAAAACCACAGAGCACACAUCCGGACCCUGCUGUUCCCAGUCCUCGGCGUUCGCGACCAAGUUACGCUCACUAUGAGCGGGCCUAGCCUGUCACGACGCAGUGCUCUCUGUCCUGCUGUUAUGUGAGUGCAAUGUGUAACGGAUGUCGCGCUUCGCGUACGCGCCAACCUGGAAAGCUCACGAGCUGCUGGCUCCUCAUCAAACUAGUCACGGCAAUCCCAGCUGCCCACCCGAUGAGCUCGCAAGGAGACAAGUUGGCACCUUGCGAGUUCAUCACCGCGGGCAAUGUAGUUUUCUCAAUGAGUCAGUGAGAUACCCUACGGGCAACGCGGUAAGGCAGCACAGGAUCCUUUGUUGCAACGAUGCCGCAAUGAGAUGAUGUUUAUGAAAGCUACAACUUUUGAUCUGCUGUCCGUCAAACAUACGCUAUGUUAAGCGACGCUCGUAGCUCACGUACUAAGUAUGCGACGUUGCCUAGUUGAAAUCGCCAGUGUUUACCGUCAUCAAUUCGACAUUACUUGACAACAGGCUUCCUCAUUUCGUUGAAGUUUGCCUACUCUGUGAUUCAGUGCGACUGUAACAGUAUUACAGAUGCCGUGCGGUCGCGCCUCAUGUGAAGUGAUCGCAGCGAUUGUGUUCUAUCAUCAGCGGUGGCAUGCUCUACGGAAAUGAUAUUACGCUCAUGUGGGGACUAUAGUGACACUUGAGUUUGAUGAUCCACGAGUGAACAGUGUAUGAUCGUUACCACAGUGGCCGCACUCUUGCUCGAUCACUUAGGGGAAUACUUUUCAUUUCUGCGUGACGUAACGUCCAAAUAGACGCCUCGCUGGAGCGACGAAAACCUGUCAACGUACUCGUAAACUGUGCAUUAAGAAAAUAACGCUGGUGGAAGGUGUGUGCGUGCAUUUGUCAUGACCUCUUCCGGUAGCUUCGCCAAUCAACGUGCAAUGAAAACAAUGUUCCCGAAAGUGGUCGAUCGGAAAUACGGCCCCAGGUUGCUGAAUAGACAUGCUGUGAGAGAAGUACGAGGCCGGAUAUGAUACGUUGCUUGACGUCAUCGCAGAGACUGCCGAUUGUGACUUUACAAGCACGUGGUCAUUGCACAGCCCAGAUUAUCAUUUGAAUUUGCGCCCGGGACGUACAGGCAGCGCUUGCGAAACGCUCGAGGAACUCACCAAUUUUGUUUCAUACACUUUUUUUUUUUUUAAUCUUUGCGCACCCCAUGCUCCGCUUAUGCUCAAGCCUGUUCAGAAUGGUGCGUGAGGAAAUACGUAUGACAAAUGGUAGCUAGGCUCUUAUCUGAAAUGGUAAUCUCGCGUUGUAUAUAUGUAUUUAUGAUUUACUGCUGUGAAAUUACAUUCGAUGGUUUCCACAGACGUUUACGCUGAGUGUUCACUUCUGAAGGUGCGUUAACUUGCCGCGCUUGCAUCGCAUCACAACAUUAGUGUUGCCGCGUCGUCGCUGCCGUCAGCGGCUGCAAGCCAGCACGACACAGGUUACAUUCAGCGGCUACCCGACAUGCUUUCGGUUUCCAUGCACGUCAGUUAUAUGCACACCAAGUCUCUUCCUUCUUCACUCGAACCUAAAGUGUCCCAUGUCAUACCCUAUAUUAUAUUGUUAUCUUCAUUCUGGUGCCGUUGACACAAAGCUCUAACUGAUACGCGAAGCGAUAACCAGCAUCAAGAAAUAGCGUCACGCGGCGCGGAUGACACUUCGUCCAUAUGCCAAACGUGCCGGAUGGGGGACCGUACGGGCGUGGCGCCGAGCGUCAGCUUUAGCAGCGGCCUGCCAGAUGCAGCAGCCCGACAGGAAUAAAGGUGGCGCUAAGGUUUAUAGGGUAUCGUCAGUUGCCAAACAAGUGUAGGCAGGAGUGAGGUGGUGCGUGGUAGGAGAAUUCCUAGUAGAAAGACAGCCGUUACAGGGUUGACCCAGCAUCUCGCGUGUCGUGCCAUACAAACUGUGCUGUAACGUUGCGGUGUGGUAGCGUUCAGUCUCAACUCGUCGACUUUAUACCCGUAUAUGGAACCCUCGCGCUAAUGCAUUGUUCCAAUUAUUUUCUUCGCGCACUCCGCAGAAAGCGCCCACAAUCAGUUCUGCAGCUAUAACAGUCCUGUGAAAGCGCUUACGGUGUCGAGCAUUAGAAAUCGUCGCGCAGGAAAUUUACAGUUCUUUAGUCGUGCGAUGUCACUUUUUCUGUGAUGCUUCCGACUACUUAGCAGGUUGGCGUAAACAGGGUAGCAAAUUUUUACCAUGCACCUCGUGGCACCAUCGCUGACAAACGAACUGCGAAGCGGCGUUCGAGGCAAGCCGAGAGAGCACCGUGAGAUUGCAGUCAAGUGCCAUCUUUGUCUGGGAACGGCCGAAGCCAAUCUUACACGUUCGCUUUUCGAUCAGCGUAGUGCAUCAAAACCUGCACCGACACCGUCAGAGCUCUGGAACCGAAUUUUGAGUUUAAGGAAAGAAAUUUGUCCUCUGAUAAAGCCUUCAGUUGCAAAUCAAUAUUUUCACUGAGUAAUGCAUCUAGUUCGCGACAGUGUUCAUUAAAUCACAAACGUUCGGCGUGAAUAUCUCCUAUUUAGACAAUAUUUCGACGUAGUAAACGAGGUCACAACAACGUUCUUGUUAUAUCCCACCAUUAGCCGCAGUAUUGAAAAAUUGUGCCCUAUUGCUUUCAUGCGGUUGUUUGGAAACUAGGUUUCCAGUUUCGAGUGCAUGUCUCAUGAUGUUCGUCAAUUUAGUGAAAUGAAUGCUGAGACGCCAUGCAACCUUUUUCGGAAAUGUAAAAAUUAUUUAUAUUUACUGCAGCUGCUGGUUACACUGUUGGACAACUUCUGCAUAAAAUGAAUACUUUGGACACGACCCGGACCACAAGAAUUUUCGGUCUCUUCCGAGCGAUCACAUCGCUAAGCUUACUCAAAACCGUGGUUUUUCGAACAUGCAUUCUCUUCUCGCUGACAUAUUUUAUGCAUAGGCUACGUUAAAAUUAGAGUCCGAAGAUGCAACUUCUUGUAUACUUCUUUGAGCCUCCAUCAGACUUUCACAGUAAAUUUUACCAAUAUUUUCAUGGAACUCCAGAAGCGGAUGCGCGCGCGGACACACACACACACACACACACACACACACACACACACACACACACACACACACACACACACACACACACACACACACACACACACACUCACGCGCACGCACGCACGCACACGAAGUCAGCGCGAAACUAACGACACAUGACAUUAGAAGGUCGCGAACAGUAGAAUAUAUGAACUAGACACAGUAGAAUAUAUGCCCGCCUAAUGCUUCAAUCUCGGGAGCGUUCCUUACCGCUUACCGAUACGCUUACCAGUAUCGAGCCAUGUGCUUUCCUUUCUUGUGCCAUGGCGUCAAGUAAACAGUAGGUCCUGGUGACUUCGAAUACAAUGAACUAUUCGUUAAUCAAGUCAUUUUCGAAGGCAUUCUUUACGCCCUUGAUAUUUCUACGUUAUAUUCCCACUGAGCGAAUACAUACAAUAUCUGUAAAGUAGAGGUAAUUUUCACUGUACACACGACGAAUGUGCUUACGAAAUGGAAAUAGAAUUGUUUCAUUACACUUUACACUUAACGAUAAUGCAAAACAAGUCAAAAUAUAUUACAAACUAGACGGCCGGCAAGCUAUUCCGCAGAAGUGUCCUGCAGUGUUGACGAGCUGCUACAGCCUUUCAUGUACAGUGUAUAUUUCGUUUCACCUUCUUUGUGUGUGUGCAGGCAUACAUCGCAAGCUGUUUCAUAUAUCGUCUGUGGGUGUGAUGUGAAAAAAAAAGAAAAGAAAAAAAGAAACACUGCUGUUGUCACACUGUUUUGUCUUGUGGCUGAAUCAACGCGUGCGUCCUGAAUGAGCCCUUCUUCUUUUGUAAAAUGGCAUUACAUACCUUGUCACAAUUUGUAAAUAAUGAAAAUAAAGAAAAGACGCCGUUUCGGUUGUCUUUCACAUCACCAAA